UUUACUUGGCCUGAAAUUGAAGAGAAUACUGGAUAUAUAUGUACUUGUGCACCGUUAGAGUUUGGUACUUUGAAUAAAAUUUCUCCUAGUCAAAUUGAUAAAAUUUCAAAAUCAUGCACCUUUGAAAAACCAAUCCAUAACUAUACAAUACAUACACGACCUUUAAAAUUAUGGACUAUACCAUUGAUGUCUAGAAAAGAAAAUAUUCAAGAAGAUCAAGUUAUUCUGGAAGUUGAAGAAGAACAAACUGGAGAUAUGGAUAUUGAUCCAAUAUCAAAAAGAAACCAUGGCACUACGGCUUUGAAGAUGCAGAGUCACAUGAACGAUAAAGAUUAUAUUCAAUAUGUCAAAAAAAUUAGAUAG